CCAACGCCAUCUGCGGUCAGAAAAGUUAAGUUGAUGCAAUUAUUAUUUUUCAACGAGUUCCGAUUCAAAACAUCACGCAAAUCUCUACAACACACAAUAUCGAUUGAGAAAACAGAAAGAAAUAUCCGAGAUCCAUUAUUUGCUCCAAGAAAAAAAAUAAUAUUAAGGACCAGAAAAUUUGAAAAGAUUUGACAACAAGAAUGUCGGUGGCACCAUAGUGCGAUUCCGCACUCUUAUUGUGAAAGUUGAACCCAAUCUUCAAAUGGAACUACUUCGAUGAUAUCAAGUUUCAUUUUCCUCGCUAUUGCAUUGUAAGCGAACAUAAGCGCUGGAUCGAUGACCACUCCAAUUUCUUCUGCCGAGCAGAUCCACUCAAUUUGGGAAAGGUAUGGAGGUAUGUCUGACGCAAUCUGUGAUAUGACUUCUUUCCAGUUCAGCUAACAAAAAAAAAUGUUGUACUACAUAGCACAUACAGUAAUCUGAUUUCUUUCAGGGAUUCAAGCUUCGUAUUUUGUACGCGUCAAUUAUUUAGAAGUGAUGACCGCAGCAGCGCAGCGGGACGCCUGCGCUGACGCUGGUAACAACGGGCUAUGUGACAGUUAAGUUCCAGCCUCGCAGCCCAUCGUGUCUCAUUUUUUAUUCGAAUCAGAAAGCAGAUGACACGCGAAUCUGUCGGCUUAAAAAUCAAAAUAUGCAAGGUCGUAUUUCAAUGUUGUUUGUUUCUUUGCUGCUCAACGGCUUAACCCUUUCAAGGCAGGCACUAGUGAUAAGUCCGAGCAGAAUCAGGAAUAAUAAGGACAACCGGGAAAUGCAGCGGUCGGGAGCGACUCCGAUGCCUUCGCCUCAGCACAAUCGCACCAAUGACGCCAUCAGAGCCUUGUCUAGAAAUAUAACUUCGCUAUUAGAAAACCUUCUCAAAAAUUACGACUCCAAUCAUCAUCCGGGAUACGAUUCAGGUUUACCAACAAUAGUCAAAAGCAAUAUUUUGGUUCGGUCCAUGGGUCCCUUCUCCGAACACCGAAUGGAUUACUCGAUGGAUUGUUAUUUCAGACAGUCGUGGCAAGAUAGGCGCUUGAGCUUCAACGGCCCAAUCGAGACGCUGAGUUUGAGUAUCAAAAUGCUGGAAGGGAUUUGGAAGCCGGAUACUUUCAUUUACAACGGCAAGAAAUCUUACCUCCACACGAUAACGACGCCCAACAAACUACUCCGCAUCAACAAAGACGGCAGCAUUCUCUACUCGGUCCGAUUGACCAUCAAAGCCAAAUGUUCUAUGGACUUGAGGGAGUUUCCAAUGGACCAUCAGUCGUGCCCACUCAUCCUCGGCUCGUACAGUUACGAUGAAGAGGAUUUGCUGUACGUGUGGGACGAAGACCAAGGCGUCAAGUUUCUGGGCGAUGUUGAGCUUUCGCAAUUCGACUUGAUUUCGAGUCCUUAUCGCAACGCGAGCAUCUCACGCAAACGAGGUCUUUAUUCGGUUCUGCAAGUGAGUUUCAAUCUUCGAAGGAAGCAAGGGUACUUUCUGAUCCAGGUCUACGUGCCGUGCAUCUUAAUCGUCGUCCUAUCCUGGGUCUCCUUCUGGCUCAACCGUGAAGCCACGAGCGAUAGGAUAAAUCUGGGAAUCACUACUGUCCUGACCUUAAGCACUUUAGCCAUGGACACGCGGACGGAUUUGCCCAAAGUGCACUACGCAACGGCGCUCGAUUGGUUCAUCCUCAUCACAUUUGGCUACUGUAUGGCUAGCAUCAUUCAAUUCGCUUCGGUUCAUUAUUUUACAAAGAUUGGCAGCGGAGAAAAUUACCAGACGCAGGAGAUUUCGGUCUUGCAUCGUAAACUAAUGGAGAUUAAGGGGAGUCCAAGUAACGAACCUGUCGACGGUCGGAUAAUAAGAACCGACUUUGCCGACUGGGAGAAGCUCGGGGCUGAACUACCUCAAAUGUUUACCACUCCGCCCGUUCCGCCCUGCACUCCUUCUGGCAUUGAAGAAGAAAAUGUAACAGCCAUCAUGCACGAAGAAAUGAAACUCAACAUUGAAAUUUCCGACGACGAGGAUGACGACGAUGGAGUGGCGACUAACAGCGCAGUAAAAAUCCGCACCAACAGACGCCAUACCGACAGAUCCUCCCGCUUGCAGCAACUUUACUACUGUCUUGUUGCUAACCAAUCCUUUCGAGCUAAACGCAAGCGCCGGGCACUAGCCAAAGGGAACAUCAUCAAUUCCGUCAGCAAAAUCGACUCUGUCUCGCGCAUUCUUUUCCCGGUGACUUUUUCCAUCAUCAACGUUAUUUACUGGUGGGGCUUUAUCGCGCAAAACAACGAUUUCACUUGGAACAAAAUGGACAAUUCCAAAUUCUAUUAAGAGAAUAAAUACUAUUUAGAUAGAUUGACCUAAAAUUUAAAGCUUCUCCUGUCAAAUCCAGCAGAGCAACAGAGUGGUUGGCAACACGAUCAAAUGGCGCAUUUUGUCGCGACGGUUGCAACAUUCUACAAGGAAUUUAAAUAGAUGUGUAUCAUACUUUGCAUGCUGUUUUAGCUCUCCAACGUCUUCAAUUCUCCCUAUAUGGUCGAUCGUAAUAAAUGAAUAGGACGCCCGAGUCCUCCGUCUCCAU